UUCUGUUUUUUUUUUUUUAUCUCCAGCCUACAACUUCCUACCAAGUUAAAAUUAGCGAUAGUGUUUUUCAAUUUCAAGCCAGUAUAUGGAAAAUGUCUGCUCUAACUUGCAGCAAAGUGUUAAUUGGAAGCAAAAGUAAGCGACUCAUCAAGUUGAUAACGGCAGCCGCUUUGGUGACGGUGUUAAUUUCGUUUGUCGCUAACCUUUCAGCCAAGUCGCCUGUCAUUCCUCGCAAAGAUUGUAACUCUUGGAAAAUAAAUCAGUCACAACACAAAACCACUUUAAUAUCCAAGACUGUUUGUUUAAAGAAUUAUUUCCUUCUCGUUUUGGUAUCUUCAGCACCUUCGCAUUUUGGAAGAAGGAAUUUAAUUCGUGAAACUUGGGGAACGGACAAAAACAGCGUUCCUGAAUGGAAGACAUUUUUCUUAGUUGGGCAAACAAAGAAUCAAACUGACUCAGAUCUACUUAAGACAGAAAAUAACAUCCAUGGUGACAUUAUUCGUGCUAAUUACUCGGAACACUACUGGAAUCAAAGUUUGAAAGUAGAGAUGGGAUUUGAGUGGGCCGCAAGAUACUGCAAAUUUUCAUACCUUUUGAAGGCAGACGAUGAUGUUUUGGUGAACACCAACGAUUUGAUAACUCGUUUACAACGUGCAUCGACACCAAAAAAUGGUCUUUACCUGGGAAAAAUAAACAGAAAUGCUGAAGUUCGCCGCUAUGGCAAGUUCUCCGUUAAUCUCAAGGAAUAUGCCGGUCCAACUUUUCCAGAUUAUUGUAGCGGGGGCGGUUUUGUUCUUUCCUAUGAUGUGGUGGAGUGUAUGGUUCCUUCAUUUGAUGUGAUUAAUCCAUUUCGAAUCGACGAUGUUUAUGUGGGGAUAUUAGCACAUGAAUUAGGUUUAAUACCAGUUCAUCACAGCUGGUUCCUCUUGCCAAAUUCUUAUUAUGAUGAUUGCUAUUUUAGACCUAAUGUGCUUGUUCAACAUCGGGUACUUGGUCAAUGUUUAAUUCAGCAGGUACACAUGCACUCGUUAGAUUUUUAUUCUUUCAGGUUAGGGUCAUACUAUUGAUGUUUGAGGGAAAAGAGUUACACAGUGCAACUUGUAGCUUCGACUAUUGCCUAAAUCGCUUACACAAAAUGAUUAAUCUGAUUUCAGAAACAGUAGCAGGGCACUCUAAAUUUGGUAAAAUAAAACUGUCCCCA